GCAAGGCUGCCAUUUUUUUUUCCGAAGGAAUCUUCCUGACUAGUUAGACGAGCCAGGACAAACUGUGAGUUUCACCUCCACUUUUCAGCAGUUUGGACUCACCUGUCUGCGCGCCGAAGACAUACGGGGCAGGGGUAUUACACCGGCUCGGGGUGUUUGACCUCAGGUUGAGGGGCAGGCUUUACUCGGGACUGCACUGGGGUGCAGACGGCUGCUUAGCUCAGCGGGCUAACAUUAGCUGUGUCUGUAAACAAACACUACAGGCAGUGGAGAAACAGCUGCAGGUAAACCACCGCACCUUCUGCGGGUCUCCUCAGAAUAUUCGUUCACAGUUUCAGACAGGUGAAGAGCUAACACCGGGGGGGUGGGGUGGGCAGCGGGUAGCAGGGGGCGGGUUGGCGCUGCAUGUCUGGAAGUUUUGCGACACAACUUCAGUUUUGAUGACACUGCGAGUUACUCUAAACCAGCUCGGAGCUCAGUCGCUUUAGAGCAGGUCGGGGGGCCUGUCGGGUCAUCAGGGAAACAAACAAACACACACACACACACACACACACACACAGACACACACACACACACAGACACACACAAGCAUGUCGUCCUUCUCGGAGUCGGCCCUGGAAAAGAAGCUGUCGGAACUGAGCAGCUCGCAGCAGAGCGUCCAGACUCUGUCUCUAUGGAUCAUCCACCACCGAAAACACUCGGCCCUCAUCGUCAAAGUGUGGCACAGAGAGCUGAAGAAAGCUAAAUCCAACAGGAAGCUGACGUUCCUGUAUCUGGCCAAUGAUGUCAUCCAGAACAGCAAGAAGAAAGGACCAGAGUUCACCAAAGACUUUGAGUCCGUCCUCGUCGAUGCCUGCUCCCAUGUUGCCAGUGAAGCAGAUGAGGGCUGUAAAAAGCACAUGGAGAGACUCCUAAACAUCUGGAAGGAGAGGAACCUCUACAGAAGUGACUUCAUUCAGCAGCUUAAACUGGCCAUAGAAGACACCAACAGCCCCAGGCCUUCAGGUCAGACCACGGAGGAGAAGAAGGCGGUGAAACGUAGCUAUCAGAAGAUCCAGGAAGAGGAAGAUGAUGAGGACGACGACUACAGGAGCCACAACUCCCCUCACAACACAGAUGUCUCUGCAACUCAGCUGACAGAGGAGCUGGUCAAGGCCCUGCAGGACUUGGAGAACGCUGCAUCAGGCGAUGCAGCUGUUCGUCAGAAGAUUGCCUCGCUGCCGCAGGAAGUCCAGGACGUUUCCCUGCUGGAGAAGAUCACUGACAAGGAGGCAGCAGACAAGCUGUCAAAGACGGUGGAUGAAGCCUGCCUGCUGCUGGCGGAGUACAACGGCCGACUGGCUGCAGAGCUGGAGGACCGGAGGCAGCUGGCCCGCAUGCUGACUGAAUACAUCAGCAGCCAGAAGGAGGCACUCAUGGAGAGAGAGAAGAAACUAGAGGAAUACAAGCAGAAACUGGCGAGGGUGACCCAGGUGAGGAAAGAGCUCAAGUCCCACAUCCAGAGUCUCCCUGACCUCUCCCUCCUGCCCAAUGUGACCGGAGGUCUGGCCCCGCUCCCUUCAGCCGGAGACCUCUUCUCCACUGACUGAGAGGUGUUGCCCAGAUGAACUGGCCCGGUGCUCCUCCCCACCCAAACCAAGCCCCAUGUUUGAUUCACAAAAGUAUUUCCAGCUGUGUCUCUAGCCAGAGGACACAUGUGGUCAAACCUCUGUCAGCAGAGUAGCCAGCCCACCUGCUAACUCCAAACCUGCAGGACAAGAGGGAGGAAGGGACAUAAGAGGGACGGUUUGGUGAAAUUGAAACACUCUGCAGAGGAGAACAGAGACUCUGUAAGCCUGGAAUUUUUCCGUUCUCACUCAGUCAACAAGGAUUCCACUCCACCAGCUUGGAACAAGUUUGUUCCCUAUUUGUUUUUAUUUUUUUAAAUGCUGGAAAUGUCACUGAUUUAGGAGGAGAGGAGGGGUGAAUAAGCAAAGCUUGGACAGACAUAAACGUUUGUUGUCAGGGCGUGUCAAAGUGUCUUUUUGUGUGCUAUAUUUUGAAUUCAGUGAGAAAAGGUGGGCCGUAUGCUCUCACAGUUCUCAGAGGUUGUGACUACACUGUGAAGAGGAUGUACCAUUCAUUAGUUUUAUUUCUUGGCUUUCAUUUGGUGGCUUUUUAUUGACACAUAGUCCAAUAGAUGGUUUUGAUGAGCGUAUACAAUUAGAGAAGAUAUCAGAUCUGGUUCAGUGCAUUUUGGUUGCUUCAUGAAUGCCGUUACAGAGCAGGCUCAUUUCAGUAACACUUCAAAGAGUCUGACUGAAUAGGAUUUGUGGGACAGUAUCAUCCUGACAGUUGAAAGUCAAUAGACAAGCUUUGAUUUUCAUCUCCCCAUUCCCAAACUUGUUUUCAUUUACAGACUAAAACUGUGCAGAUUCAAAGUACUCGUUUGUUUUCAUACUUUAAUUUGGACAGAUGCUUGAAAUGUGACGAGGCUAAUUAUGUGAAGUGUGUUGUAGGCAAGGUUUGAGUUUUACAAACAAGUCCUGGAGGUUUGAAGAAACAAUUCAAGGUUUGCUUUCUAUGAAACUGACUGGUCUUUAUUUGUAUGAAAACAUUUAUGAAAUGCUAAAAUUAAAAAAAAAAAAAAAAAAAAAAACUCCAAAAUACAGCGUCACUGAAUAGUGAAAAAAACUCAAGAAAAGUGUUUAAGAUAAUUUAGUUUUAGUGUGUAGGGUUGGGAAAUAUGGAAAGAAAAGAUAACUAGGUCAGAACAGGACCUGUAUAUCACAGGAUCAGAACAGGUUGUCAUUACAUUAUAAAUAAACUUGAACUGUCUUCUUCAGCUUCAUUUGCAAAUAUUUAAGACAAUUGUUCAUUAUGAUUCACAAUAUCAAAUUCCCACACUAUGAUUAAAAUAAUGAAUGAUAAUCGGUACAAAUUGCUUGGCCCUACCUGUGUGUAGAUGAAAUAUUUUACAUAAGAAAAGCAGCAUUGUAUUCCCCUCAUUUGUAAUUCACAUUACAAAUCCAUUCAUUUAGACAUUAAGGCCAGGGAGGGUGACUCAUGCCCAAUGUAAUAUCUGGUACAGCAGUUUGUGAGGAUUUUCUAAACCAUUCUCUGUCAAGGCCAGGACUUCAGGUAUCAUUUGUUUACCUCUUUUGAUUUUCAGUCAGUUAUGAAGAGGUUUUAAGAUAAAGUGUGAGAGAUGUUUACCAAGACAGUGUACUCAUUUUGUUAAAGCUUUCAGAAGCUUUAACGAAGUGCUUCUGCUGCUGAUGAGGUAAGUGUUUUCUAAAGUUAAAGAAGAUUAGAGUAGAUGUAACCUACCUGCUGAUGCAACAAGCCUGGGUGAGAAAUGCUCCAAAUCCUUGCAGUAAACUCUCUGAUUGACUGGUGUGUCCUGGCAAUCUGGAACCACAAAAUAACUCAAAGGUCAGCAGGUAAAAAUGUGACUCACAGCGGCUUCAAAGUGCCUGUUAAACCAGAUGUGUGGAUGUCAUCAUUAGAGUCAGUUGUGGGGGCGCAAAACACAAAUUUAGGCUAUAAAAUAAUCCUAAUGUUAGAUAAACUUUGGAUGUUAAAUGUUAAAUUCGCUGGUUAAUUAAAGAUUAUUACAGAACUGUAUGCCAGGAAGGACAUUUUGACCCAGGUGUGCUUGACUGUCGAUAUUAGUCCUUACCUGUUUGCUGUGUGGUAUGAAUCAUACUGUACGACCAGGACUGCACCAGUAAGGAUAGUGUUUUCUGUAAUGAAAGUGAUUCUGUGGAUGCCAAUAAACUGGAGCCAUUUGAACAAU